GCAGUGAGGCUCGAACACCGAGGCAAUCGAGACAUCCGCCGCGAGGAGCCAAGAGAAGCCGCGACGAUGGCGGCGGCGGCGGUUGUGAUCGGCGGAGUAGUCCUCCUGGUGGCUCUUUACUGCGGGUUGGACCCCUUCGGCCACAGCCCCAUGGCGGCGUUCCCGGGCUUCGAGGCGUACCCCAUAGAGGUGCCGUCCUGGUCGGAGCUCCCCACGGCGCGGGACGCCGAGGACCGGCUCCAGAGGGCGGAGAUCAAGUUUCUCAACCAGGUCCAGGGCCCGGAGAGCGUCGCCUUCGACCCCCAGGGGCGGGGGCCCUACACCGGCGUCGCCGACGGCCGGGUGGUCUUCUGGGACGGAGAGUCAUGGUCCGAUUUCGCAUACACGUCUCCCAACAGGUCCGAGAUAUGUAACCCAAAGCCAUCACCUUUGAGUUACUUAAAGAAUGAGCAUAUCUGUGGGCGACCAUUAGGACUUCGAUUUGACAAGAAAACUGGAGAAUUGUAUAUUGCUGAUGCCUAUUUUGGGUUGCUCAAGGUAGGCCCAGAAGGUGGCUUGGCUACACCAGUAACUACUGAAGCAGAAGGAAUACCAUUAAAAUUCACCAACGACCUGGAUAUAGAUGAGGAUGGAAGCAUAUAUUUCACAGACAGCAGCACCAAUUACCAGAGGAGGAACUUUAUGCAACUAGUUUUCACCGGAGAGCCUUCAGGAAGGCUAUUAAAAUACAACCCUGUUAUGAAAGAAACAACAGUGCUACUUCGGGGUCUUCAAUUCCCCAAUGGCGUCACUUUAAGCAAGGAUGGAUCCUUCUUUUUGUUCUGUGAAGGAUCACGUGGCAGAUUGAGUAGAUACUGGCUGAAGGGAGAAAAGGCGGGAACCUCGGAUGUUUUUGCCGUCCUUCCAGGCUUCCCUGAUAAUGUGAGGACUAACGAGAAGGGUGAAUUCUGGGUGGCAAUCCAUUGUCGCCUUAGUAUGUAUACACAUCUCACGAGUCGGUAUUUCCGGUUGAGAAAGUUUCUGUUAAAGCUCCCCAUUCCUGCAAAAUAUCAUUUCCUGUUGCAAAUCGGAGGCAGACCGCAUGCUGUGAUCAUCAAGUACAGUCCAGACGGGGAGUUGCUGGAGAUUUUGGAGGAUAGCCAAGGCAAGGUGGUCAGAGCAGUGAGUGAAGUGGAGGAGAAGGAUGGGAAACUUUGGAUAGGAUCUGUGCUUAUGCCGUUCAUCGCCGUGUACUGAUCAUUCCUGAACCACAUGCCCACUUUUGUUUUCGGAAACCAUAUGAUCGGCAGCCGUUUGAAACCUACACACUUGCUGUGACAUGUAAGCAGAUGUAUAGUGACUAGUGCGAUAUAAGUUUCUGCUUAUUGUUCCGAACAAUUUGAUGUAUCGCCGGUUGCAGGUUAAUAAUCAUCUGGUUAGGUUUUGGUUGAUGA